AUGGCGUUUGCACUACUCUGCCUAUCAUUAUUGACAACUAUGACGCUUUAUGAGUUGUCUCGCAUUGUCUAUAAUCUUUUCUUCCAUCCAUUACGAAGAUUCCCUGGGCCAUGGAUGGCUGGAGCCACCUCAAGUUGGAAAGCAUAUAAGGAAGUUAUCAAACAGGAGACAUUGGCUCAAGAGCUCUUUGUUCUGCAUGAGAGAUAUGUAUCCUUAACAUCGGUCUUUGCAAAGCUUCAUUUCGGAAGUCCAUCCGCAUUCCAUGAUAUCUACAACGGUAGCAAAAGAUGGGACAAAGAUCCGGGCCUCUACCGAACCCCCGGGGUCACAACCGGAUCCUUUGUGUUUUUGAAAUAUGCCCAAGCGAAAGAACGACGGGAUGUUCUUCUUCCCAUCUUUUCCAAGAAAGCAAUCAAUAGCCUGGAGCAUCUUGUUUGGCGAAACGCAACUCGCCUCGCAUCCUCUAUCACUAAAGCCAACGCAACUAAAAGCUCUAUUGAUCUCCUUUAUGCCUUCCGAUCCUAUACUCUUGACACUAUCAUGUGCUUCACAUUUGGCAACUGUGUGAAUGCGAUCGAUGCGCCAGCGUUCAGUGACCCUUUGAUCUUAGCUAUGGACGCUAGCCUUCGCAUGUUGCCACUUCUGAAAAACUUCCCGUUGAUCCGGGAUCUGGUUUUCGCCGUACCUCCGGCUCUAGUUAUGCGCCUCGUUCCAAAUGCUAAGAAGCUGGCGCCGCGCCUCUAUCAAGUCCGCGAUCUCAUCCAGCAACAACUGCAGGUUGUGCUAAACUGUCCUUCGAAGCUUGAUGAAGUGCCCCACCAGACUCUAUUUCACCGUAUGCUCGACCCUCAAGCCUACCGGAGGAAGGAGGUACCGGACCUGACAGCCCUACACGACGAAGGUUUCACCCUUAUCUUUGCGGGUGCAAACACAGUGGCAGACACGCUACUCAUGGGCCACUGGCAUACCAUGCAGAACCCAACCCUCCUAAAAAGACUGAGAAGUGAAAUAAUUACUAUUUGGCCGGACCUGGAGAAGCAGCCCUCGCUAAAUGAUCUCGAGGCCCUUCCACUACUCACGGCAACCAUCAAGGAAUCUCUGCGUUUCAUCCCAUCGGGUGUAUCAUUAACGCGUGUCGUUCCUCCAGGAGGUGCCAUGAUAUCGGGCCAGAUGAUCCCGGGGGGCACCACAGUCGGAAUGGCGAUCUUGCACGUGCAUCAGUCCGCCGAAGUCUGGGGCAAGGAUGCCCUCGAUUUCCGACCGGAGCGGUGGCUGGAGGGGAGAGACCAGACCGAUGCCGAGAAUGAAACGGGUACCUCUAGAUCUCAACACAAAAGCGACCUUGAUCACUGGCUUGUGCCAUUCAGUCGUGGCCCACGCAUGUGUUUUGGCAUGAACCUAGCCUGGGCAGAGAUGUACAUCGCUUUUGCGACCAUGAUCCGGCGCUUUGAUAUGACCAUCGACGGAACGACGCCGGAAGAUAUGGAAUGGCGAGAGUGCAUUGCAGCCUAUUAUCCUAAGAGACACUUGCAUGCGUGGUGCCGUCCGACCCAGACUUAG